CCAUUCCUAGGAAAGUCAUUUUUUGCAGUUUUAUUGUCUUCGGAUUUAGCACAUUUUGUUUUCUUACGUCAAAACAGUCAGUUUUUGGUUAGUUUUUAAAAACAUAUAUUGUCAAAGUAAAAAUGAAGUUAAGACAGAAAAAAACAAAGCCGAUAUUAUCAGAUAAAAUUGCUGAUGCAUUAACAGUGAAACCACGGCUCGAUAUUGAAGAUGACCAUGUGUUUAAUACCAAACCCAACACUGUUUCACGUGUUGACUUCAGCUCAUCAGAUAGCGAAGAUGAGGCCGUGAUUAGUGAUUUUAAGAAAAGAAACGUGAAUUUGUUAAGUGAUAUUAGUAAAAAAUAUGAGGGUCAAGUGGUUUCGCGUAAAGUAAUUGAGAACAGUUACGAUGAGGAAAAUUCGAGUGAUGAAGACAUCAAUGUCAAUGAUACUAGCGUAUCAGAGAAGAAAUUAGAAGCAGAACGAUCAGCUACCGAUGCUGACAGUGCAGAGGAAAGUGACGACUAUAAUAUUACAAAUGUUUUGAAACAAAUAAAUGCCAGUUCUGAUGAACAAUCAGAUGGUUCUGAGAAAGAUUCUGAUGGUGAUGAAGAAGGUGAUGAUGACGAUGAUGACGAUGAUGAAGACGAUGAAGGUGAAGGUUACGAUAUCAGUCAAAUGGAAGAACCACUGAAAGAAGAAUUUGAGCAUGUUAAGAAGCAAAAUAUCAGUGAGGAGGCAAAGAGAGGCACAUGUGUUAGAAACCAGCUUCUUCUAUGGGAAGGCCUGUUAGAGAUGAGAAUACACAUGCAGAGGUGUGUGAACACGGCCAACCAGAUGCCUAUGAGUGAAACCUUUAAUGAAUUAAAGGGCAAUAGUGAAUUUGCUGAGGAGACAAAUACAACUAUAAAUAAUGUAUCUACCUUGUUAGACAAAUUCCUUACACUGCAAAAUAUGUUACUACAAAAAUUUCCUGAGACAAAAUCAUUGUCGAGUAAUAAACAAAUACUAGAUGGAAAAUCUGCAAAAGGUAAUGAUAAUGAGAGUGAUGAAGAGAUUCCAAGUGACACGGACAAUGAAGAGAUUCCAUCAGACACGGAACCUGAAGACAAUGGGGUUGUAGAUAAAAAAGAAAAUAUUCCAAAGAAAUCUACUCAAAAGAAACGGAAACUUGCCGACUAUGAUAGUGAUUUAGCAUCAUCUCAUAAAGCUUUCAAACCAUUUAGAGAUACUACAAUACAGAAAUGGAAUGAAAAAACAAAAUUAGCGACAGCUGCAAACAUUAAAAAUACACCAACAAACACAAUAUUACAACAAAUAUCAUUUAUUCUAUCUGAUAGAAAUAGACUUAUUCGUAGGACACAGUUAAAAAGGGCCGAAUAUGACAUUAUAGGUUAUACUCACAAACUUCCACAAUCAGAGAAUAAUGACCAAAAUGACAUGAACCCUGUAACAAGAGACCGAAAGGAUAAUGAUGAGUAUAUUCCAGAAAUAUUUGACGACAGUGACUUUUAUCAUCAAUUACUUAGAGAAUUAAUUGAAUGUAAAACAGCAGAUAUAACCGACCCUGUCCAACUCAGUCGUCAAUGGAUAGCACUGCAACAAUUGAGAAAUAAAAUGAAAAGAAAAGUGGACACGAAAGCGACAAAGGGACGUAAAAUUAAAUAUGUUGUACAUAAUAAAUUAGUAAGUUACAUGGCUCCAGAAAAGUGUCUUAAGUGGUCUGACGAAAGUUGUAAAGAAUUGUAUAGUUCAUUGUUUGGUAAAAUAUUUGAGAAUAAUAAUAUAGGAGUAAAUGUUAAUUUAGAUAAUUUAUCAACAAAUAAAAUAUUGUAAUGAUUUUUUCUUUCAACUUAUAGAAAUUAUCGUGAUUUAGUAAAAAAAAGAAUGACAUUUAAUUACUAUAUUUUUUGACUUGAUAUCUCAAUAACAACUGCAACUAUCACAAAACAUCUCACCAUACUACAAAUAACAGAGCAUGUUUUGGUGAAGUUGUGUGAUUAGUCGCCAUAAUGUGCUAGCGUCAUGUAUUCUUGGCAUAACCAAAAUUUUGGGGCAUAAGCAAAUAAAUUUAUGUAUACUAAAAAAA